AUGUCGUCUGCGGAUGAGUUUGGUCACUUUCGCCUUCCUUUGACGCUAAAUAAAGGCAACAUCGAUAUGAAGGCGGCUGAACGUUUGUUUACAAAAACAAACGGAAAGCUCGGUCGUUUCACUGAAAGCCGACCUGAGCAUUAUGCCUCCUGGAAUCUUCUUGGGAUGCUUGCCUUUCGGCUUGGUAAGUUUGAAGAAGCUUUGCAGUACCUGGAUAAAGUCCUCUCUCCUAACGAAGACCCUGAUAAUUUGAAUGCUCUGGCAAACCGCAAGUACAUCUGCGAGAAACUGUACAGACUAACCGAGGCCCGAGAUUGCGAGCAGAAGAUUGCAAGGCUCCUUGGCGAGGGUGUUACAGAAGAAGGAAAGAGGCGACUGAGAAAGCUACGGGCUCGAAGUUUUUUUGAACAGGCAUUCGCCUUAACAAACGAAAUCUAUGGAUUUAUGGCCACCGACAGGUAUCGGAAAGCAUUUGCUUUGCAUCAGGCAGCGAUUGAGCUUGCAGGGAAGGACGUCGCACAAUCCGAGCGUGCAGCCUGGAUCUUCGAGUCCGGGUUGGCUUGUAAAUCAAUCUACGGAAGGAUAAAGUGGGACAAGUCCAAAAAAGUUGAAGUCAAAAAGUUUUACCAAGGUGCAGUCAACAAUUUUAUCACAAUCAUUCAGUUCAACGAGGAUGAGGAUCGGAAAAUUAAAGCUUGGAGACGUCUCGGAGACCUUUUCUACCAUUCGAGAGAUCUGCUUCCGCCCAUCCCUGAAACUUACCGAGAAUUCGUGGACGAACCGGACAAAUGCUUUGAAAAAGCUUUGUCUCUUUCCCCAAAUAAUCCAAAAGUUCUCACCAGACGGGCAACGCACUUCAUUAAGAAAGACCAGACCAAAGCUCUGUCUUUGCUUGACAGAGCAAUUGAGCUGGGUGACUCAGAGUUCAAUCUCCAGGUGCGCUAUGACAGAGCAAAUAUAUACCUCUCCCAAUACAAGCAGCAACUCAAAUACUCCCAGAAAUCUCGCGAUCCCAUGGCGCAAUGUCCAGAUGAUACCUUACUGACACGAGCUAAAGAAGACCUCUCGUUUGCCAUCAAAGACGUUUCUAAACCCUGGUUCACAGAAUUGAUGGCAGAAGUAUUGUAUUACUUGGCAACCGAUUGUUACGGGCGGUUGAGAUAUGGAAGCGAAAGACUUCUGCAGCAAGCUCUAACAUACUGCGCCAAAGCCGUUGAAAUUGCAGAUGGUUCGAAAAGAGGGAAUGUCCAUAAAGUAAGAGGCAUGUGUCUCUGUGUCAUGGGGGAGCAUCAGGCGGCUUUUGGUUCAUACAAGCGAGCAGUUGAAUGUGAAAUCGCGGCUUCCUACCACGGGGGUAGUGUCGGUGCUCUAGUGCUAGAGUACAAACAUAUCUUACCGGAUAACCAUUUAGCUCUAAGGGAAGAUCUUCCUUUGCUGGCUGACAUGGUGUACUGGUUGCAAAAAGUAGCCGAAGUUUGCCUGUCAACUGAUUGGGAUCUUUGGCAGCUGAACAAACUCAAGCAGAUGCGCGACCACUGGGAAAUCUUUGUCAAGUACUGUAAAGAUAACGAUUACGAGAAGGAACUUGAGGUCAUAGAGUCAGCUGCCAUUGACAAGAGGAGGAGUUCUCGGUUACAGCACCCCCUUUCUUCACCCCACGACAGUGACGUCCCUCCAACGUCAGAGCAAGGACAAAAUCGGAGCUUUCCUUCAGCAAGUAAUGUUGGGGAUGCAGCGAGUAGUUUUUGUGACGCAUCUUCGCUAUCUCAUGAUAUUCAGUAUAAGAGACAAACUCGUGCUAAGCGGCAGCUUUCACUUCCUGUGUCAGUCGAAGAUGGAUCCCUCCCUCCAUCAGUAACAAGACGACAGCACAGCUUGCCGGCCAGCAGUAGGUACGUCCAACCGACAUCAAGAGCACAGGGGGAAGAACUAUCCGACAGAACCGGGGACAACAUUAAUGCAGAGUAUCUGAGGGAAUCCCAAGGGGCAUCAGCAGCACCCGCACGUCCCAUCCCUGACAAAAUAGACAGAGAUAUCCAGACUUUGUCUGAAUCGCUGUCUCAAGUAGACCUUGAUGGAAAUGAGGAGCAUCAUAUUCCUCCCGACACGAUCCACAUCACAUACUCUGUGAACCUCAAAACCGGCAAAACGCAGCACGUAGCCACGAUGCCGUCUCUUGAGGAACCACCAACUGAGGUCGUCUCCAAGAAGAACGUCCGCGAGGCUCUUGAAAGACCGCAAAAUAAUCUGACACGAAAGUAUGACUUCUUUGUCAUCUACAGCAGUAGUGCCUCUGAAUGGGUGCAACACCGCAUGCUAGAAGAACUGGAAGAAAGCGGUUUUAAAGGCUGUAUCAAAGAUCGUGACUUCGAACUCGGCAAACCCAGGCUACAAAACUACUCAGACAGCAUUGAGGACAGUGUCUGUGUCAUUAUUGUAAUUACCGCGGACUUCGAAACCAACAAUAAUGACGUCAGGGGUAUGCUUAUGGCACUGGACAGUGAUCGGCUGGUGGUUCCUGUUCUCUAUGAAGACAGGGUAAUGCCACUGGUGCUCAAAACACUCGAGCACCUUGAUGCAACAGGUGCUGUUGACUGGCCGAGAUUGGCAAGGUGUAUCGAGCAACAGGUUAAACUUUAG